AUGGCUGCAGUCCCUGAGCUCUUUACCGGAUACGGAGCAAAGUCAGCGGAGAAAUGGACCAAUCUCGAGAAGUUCCAAUUCAAACCCAAAACGUUUGAAGAGUUCGAUGUUGAUAUAAAAAUCGACUUUUGCGGAAUUUGUGGCUCGGAUCUGCAUACGCUGAGCGGAGGAUGGGGCGGAACUCUCUAUCCUAGCGUCGUUGGCCACGAGAUCGUUGGCAAGGUCGCUCGUGUAGGCGCCAAAGUGACUUCUCUUAACGUCGGCGAUAUCGUUGGGGUUGGUGCCAAUGCAUGGAGCUGCGGUGACUGUCGUUACUGCAAGAAAGAUCUGGAACAAUACUGUCCAAAUCUCAUCGAAACAUACAACUUCACAUACAGCGACGGCACUCGGUCCUGGGGAGGGUAUGCAGACUACGUCCGUGUUAACGAGAGAUUUGUAUUCCCCGUCCCCAAAUCUCUUGAUCCAGCCGUCGUCGGCCCUCUUUUCUGCGCCGGUCUGACCGUCUUCUCUCCCCUAAUCCGGAACAAUGUCACCAAGGGCAGCAGAGUCGGCAUCAUUGGCAUUGGUGGACUGGGACAUUUGGCGAUUCAAUUCUCUGUUGCGCUGGGCGCAGAAGUAUCUGCAAUUUCGCAUUCGUCGCGCAAAAAGGAGGAUGCGCUGAAAAUGGGGGUUACGAAUUUCGUCACUUUGGACACUCUGCCGGAGCACAAGAGGAGCCUGGAUUUGAUUGUUUGUACCUCCUUCUCGAAGGAGAUGCCAUUGGCCGAGUAUCUUAAACUGCUGGACGUGGGUGGCACGUUGGUCUAUGUUGGUAUCCCCGAGGCUGAUCUGCCCAGCUUGCCCCCUACGUUGAUGAUUGGGACCAACGCCGCGUUGAGAGGGUCUAAUACAGGGAGUAAGAAGGAGGUUCUUCAGAUGCUGGAUCUGGUUGAAAAGCAUGAUAUUAAGCCAUGGGUGGAGCUCUUGCCAAUGAGUGAGUGUUCUGAAGCUGUGCAAAAGCAGCUGAGAGGCGAGGCGCGAUAUCGGUACGUUUUGAAGAAUGAUGGUACCUUUGACUAG